GCCCUACUAAUCUCUGAUAUUGGCCUUUAUCUAUGGGAUCCCCAGAGUCAGCUUUAAUAUGAUGAUUUGGUUCAAUUGGUGUACUAGCUGGUCUACAGUCAAGCAUCCCGGUUUCAGCAAGCAAAUCAAGAACAUAUUUCCUCUGUGAGAGAUAAAUACCUUGAGCACCGUAGACAACCUCGAUUCCCAGGAAGUAGUGGAGAAACCCCAGAUCUUUCACUUCAAAUGAUCUAGAUAACAUUUUCUUCAAUUUAGAUAUUCCUUCAUCAUCAUUACCUGUUAUUACGAUGUCAUCAACGUAGACAAUAAGGAUAACAAUCUUGCCAUUGUAACACCUAAAAAAGAGUGUAUGAUCAGCAUUACUUUGUUGGUACCCCAGUAAACACAAUUCCUUUCUAAAUCUCCCAAACCAUGCCCUUGGUGAUUGCUUAAGUCCAUAAAUGGAUUUCUUUAGCCUACAAACUUUUCCUUCAGUUUCCUGACUACUAAAACCUGGAGGAAUCUCCAUAUAGACUUCUUCAAGCAAGUGCCCAUGGAGAAAUGCAUUCUUAACGUCCAUUUGAAACAGUUUCCACUUAUGAUUGGCUGCAAUGGAAAUAAGAGUUCUAACAGUAUUCAUUUUUGCCACCGGUGCGAAAGUUUCAUCAUAAUCUAUCUCAUAGGUUUGACUGUAACCUUUCGCCACUAAUCUGGCUUUAUAUCUCUCUACUUUACCUUCUGAAUUCUGCUUAACAGUGAACACCCAUCUACAGCCAACAGCUCUCUUAUUUGCAGGAAGAGUUGUAAGUAUCCAAGUAUUGUUUUUAUCAAGGGCAGCCAUUUCCUCAAGCAUUGCUUGUCUCCACCUUGGAUCUCGUUUAGCUUCCUGCCAAUUACAUGGUAUACGUGCAGCAGAUUCCAAGGAUACUAAAAAAGACUUGUACUGGGGGCCAACAGAUAUAUAUGACACAUAAUUAGAGAUAUCAUAGGAGGAUAAUUUCGAAGGCAACAUUCUGGCAGUAGUGCGAGGCUGCUUUCUGAAUGCUAUAGGAAUACCUAAGUCAUCGUGUGGAGAGGAGAGUGUACCAUCACUUUCAGAAGGUCUUGAAUUUAAAUCAUGUGCGUCUGACUGACCUUGAACUUCAAGAUUCUGUCCCAAUGGAUUGUUCUCCUCCCCCUGCACUUGAUCCCUCUCGGUUUGGUGUCUUCUUCUAUACACCCGAACUUCUUGUUCUUCAUUUGGCUUUGGCCACCGAUCCCUCUCGGUUUGGUGUCUUCUUCUAUACACCCGAACUUCUUGUUCUUCAUUUGGCUUUGGCCACCGUGUUGCUUCAUCUAAUGUAUCUUGUUCUGCUUCUAUAGAACCCACAUCCCUAUCUUCAUGACUUUCUUCAUGUGGUAUUACUCCAACCACCAUUUCAUUCGAUGUAGUAGGAUAACUUUCCAUUCCUUCCUCUCCCCCUGUCUUGCUGUCCACAUUUGGAACAUCAUUAAUAUAUAAAUCUGGGAAAACAUCAGUCAAAUAUACAGGUUCUCCAUAGAAUGAGUCAUGUUCCCUGAACACUACAUCCAUGCUUACAAACAUUCGUUUUUCCGACGGACACCAAGAUUUAUAACCUUUCUGUUUUCCAGAGUAUCCCACGAAUAUACAUUUCACUGCUCUAGGAUCUAGCUUCCCAACCGAUGGUCUAUGAUCCCUCACAAAACAUACACAUCCAAAUACCUUUGGUGGCACAACAUAUGUAGUUUCACCAGUGAGACACUCAUCGGUGUCUUGUUAUUGAGCACCCGGGAUGGCAUUCUAUUCAUCAAAUAAGCCGCUGUCAUCACAGCUUCAGCCCACAAAUAUUUAGGAACAUUCAUAGCUAACAUCCUUUGAAGAGUUUUCACUCGAACUCAUCUUCUUAAACCACUGCCACUUCACCAUAUCUUCUGCAGUCAUCCUCACACUCACAAGCUGUGUGGUUCCACUAUCACCAGCUAGUCGUGUAACUCCACAAAGAUUACAGAUUCUGCGAAAAGCAAAAUUUACAUUUCUACAGUUUGCAUUUGGACAAAGCCAAUCCCCAUCUCGUCGCCAAGACUUCUUAGUACCAACAACACGUCUUCUGCUAUACCAAUUCGGCCAUUGCCCAGGUUGAUUGUAUCCAAAGCAACUCUUAUUUCUUAAGUUCAUUCCAAACCUCGGAUUCUCCCCCUGUUUGCAAUUUGCACCAAACAACAUAUUGUUCCUCUUCACUUUAGGUCUCCACAGCAGCUUCGACUCACUGCCCAACUGCCUCACCAAGUACCUCUUCUACAGCACUUUGUUCUCUUGCCUCAGCACAGCCUCUUCUUCCACUUCCUUCUCUCCAAUCAGCAGAGCAGCAGCAGCCCUGAACCGCAAUAGCAAACUCAGCUUCAGGCAGCUACAGUCUUCUCUUCUCCCCUUCUCCUCUGCCACAGCACCACAGAGCCCCAGCAGCUUGCAAACAACAGCAGCAGUAGCAGUCCUUCUCUCUCCCUCAACCAGCAGCAGCAGCAGCACUCAAGUGCAAGCACUAGCAGCAACCAACACAGCCCCCAGUAGUAGCAGCAGCCAGCAGCAACCCAGCAUUAGCAAUGCACACCACCACCACCAGCAGCAGUUCCACACGCACACUCCUCACUGCACCUCUGCGCAGCCGCGCCCAGCUGCUCCCGCAGCACCUCCUCAGCAGCGCCUAUUUGCACCGCCAAGCCCCGACGUCGCCGGCCGCCGCCACCAGCCACGAGACCCCCGCGCUUGCUCCUCCCGCGCGUCACACGCCUGCGUCAGGCGCGCACGCACAGCUCGUGCGCAGCCGCCCACGCAGCUCCCCGCUAGACGCCGCCCAGGAGAAAGAGGAAAGAGACUCCGCCGCCCCGAUUCAGCUCUCCACCGCCGCUAAUUAGGCCCGGAAGCCAACCUGCUCUGAUGCCAUGUUGGAAUCGCUGGACAAUCGCCCUAGCUACAGUAACUCGCAAGAAGCAUGGACUGAAGAUUUCUCUGGAAGUUCCUUCUUUCCUCUCUCUGUACAGAUAUUUUACAGCAGCACACUCUUACAAGUAACACCCUCUUGUCACUCCAAUAUCUAAACUACACCCUUCAUCAAAGGCCUAACAACAGUGAUCAAUAUUUUUGUUUACAUUUUGUUACCAUGAUUCUCCCUUUUCUGUGUGUUUUGCUUCAUAGACUCUCCAUAUGCAUUUUUCUGGAGUAAAUUGAGCAGCCUUUUGGAAGCAUUUCUCUUCUUUUGAAAAGACUAAGUCGGAUAACCAAGGAUCCUUAUAAGAUGAUACGAUGGAGGACCAUGCUUGCUUAUUGUCUUUGUUUCAUUGCACAAUAAAUUUCAUGAUUUGGUUUUGAAUUCGCUCAAACUUGUAACCUUCACUUAAGCUUCCCAUACCAUUUGAUCAGAUGCCCCCUCUUGAUUAGACUUAAGUUCUUAUGAACACACCCAUAUAGUGGAUUAAGCACUACCACAUCUUUUAAGAUUCAGUAAUUUGUAUUUAUUCUGUGCCAAUUAGAUGAUCAUGUGCCAUACAAAAUUUUCUCCAACAUUAAAUUUUACUUUUGAAAUCACCACAGAUCAUAGGAAGGCAAUUCCAUGCAGAAGAAUGUCAAAGCGCCUACAGGAGAAACAGAAGGCUGAUCAUGUUUCAGAUGAGAAUUGCACUGAAGCUUCUCUGUGCAUCUUGUCAACGUCUAAAUCUUCAGGAUCAGAUGAUGAGCUAUUGCGCAGCACUGUAAAACUUUGCAAAAGCGCUUCUAGUGGACCUACUUGCUCAAUAUGUAAGAGUGGAGCCGGCAGCUGUCUUCUGAUCCAGUGCCAGAACACAAGCUGUUCUCGUAGCUUCCACACCUUCUGUCUUAGUCCUCUGAUGCAAGAUAGUAGAGGCACUUUGGAAUGUCCUCUCUGCAAAAUCGACCAAGCAUCCUUGGCUAAGGGGACGGAAGUAUAUGCCUUAAAAAAGGUCCAAACACUUGUUGGUUGCAGACGGGUAAUUCUUCAGGAGUCAGAUUUCCAGUAUCAAAUGCUCGUGAAAUGGCAUUCACUUUCUCAUCAUCACGACUGCUGGGUUCCACUUGAUUGGCUUCGUGUUUUUGAGCCUCAACGAGCACGAGCCUACAUAAGCAAGAAUACCUUACCUAAAGAGGCAUACUUGGAGGAUCAAAGGAAACCUGAAUGGUUUGAAGUAGAUCGUGCCAUUGCAUGCCGCCGGAAGUUUGGUUAUGAUGGUUUAUGUGACGUCCUGGCUAGUUUUGAUAAUAAUGCAGAUUUUGAGGGAUACGAGUUCCUCGUGAAAUGGAAAGGACUUGACUAUUGUGAUGCUACAUGGGAGCCGUAUUUCACGGAAGGCGUGCCAUCAGCUGUUUCUAUGCUUGUCCAAAGGCAUAAAAAUACUGUACGAAGCCCGAUGAACAUUGAUGUGAUGGUCCCAGAAAAUGCACUAUACAAUUACCAGGUUCAAGGGUUACAAUGGAUUCUUGACAAUUUCAAAUCUAGGAGGAGCGUUAUUCUUGCUGAUGAAAUGGGUCUUGGCAAAACUGUCCAAGUUGUUUGCUUUCUCAACCGCAUAAUCAAGGGAAGUCUGACCACAUCUCCUGCAUUGGUCAUUGUUCCCAAGAGCAUCCUACUGCAAUGGGAAAAGGAAUUUGAUCGCUGGGCACAUGAUCUUAGUAUUGUUGUUUACCAAGGAGAUAAGGACUCCAGAAAGUGUAUUCAAGCUCAUGAACUGUACUCUUCCAAAGGGAAGACUCUGUUUGAUGCUCUAGUGACAAGUUAUGAGAUUGUCCAAAUUGAUAAAGCAGUUCUAAAAAAGAUUAAGUGGUCAACGAUUGUCAUUGAUGAGGCUCACAGAUUGAAGACGCUUGAUUGUAAUCUUGCAUCCUGCCUAAAGAAAUUUAGCUCAGAUUUCUGGUUGCUACUUACAGGAACACCAUUCCAAAAUAACGUCCUGGAGUUGUUUUCAUUGCUUCAUUAUAUUGAUCCAAAUGAGUUCUCUGACCCAAAGGAUGAUCCAUUGUUCUCACCAAUUGAAUCUGAGCGGGGUCUGACAAUAGAUGAAAAAAUUGCCCGCAUUCCUGAGAUUUUAAAGCCUAGGAUGUUGAGGAGAUUGAAAGCUAAUGUGCUAAAAGAUUCUAUGCCAACAAAAAAGUGGGUAGAAGUUCCGUGUGCGCUCACAGAUUCUCAGAGAGAUCUUUACAUUAAUAUUCUAGAGAAGAACUACUCAGAGUUGAACAGUGCUAUUCAGGAUGGUACGAAGCGUUCUCUGAACAACGUACUAAUGGAACUGCGAAAAUGCUGCAAUCAUCCGUAUUUGUUUACAGGAUUGGAUGUUAAACAACAUGCAGGAGAAGAUGUUCUCCAAUCACUAGUUUCUGCAUCAGGGAAACUUCAACUCUUACAGAAGUUGCUCCCAAAAUUGAAAGAGAGAGGGAACCGUGUAUUGAUUUUCUCCCAGAUGAAGAAGAUGCUUGAUAUUCUCGAGGACUUCCUUUCUUUCCUGGGAUACACAUAUGCACGCAUUGAUGGACAGACAACACUCUUUGAGAGGCAGGAGAGCAUAAAAGAAUACAACAACGCUGAAAGUGGAACAUUUAUUUUCUUGAUGUCAACUCGUGCUGGUGGUAUAGGUAUUGACCUGCCUGGUGCUGAUAGAGUAAUUAUAUAUGAUCCAGACUUCAAUCCAUUUAUGGACUUGCAAGCACAGUCCAGGGCUCACCGGAUUGGCCAGACCCGACCGGUGGUUGUUUACCAGCUUAUCACAAAAUGUUCUGUUGAAGCGAAGAUAUUGCAGAAGUCUAAGCAGAAGCUGGCCAUUGAAAAUAUUUUAAUGAACUCUUCCAAGAAGCCGCCAAGUGCAGAUGAGCUGAAGUCCAUUCUACUACAUGGAGCCAAGAUAAUUCAGGACAAAAAGGAGAUUAAAGCUGUAUCAAUCCAUUAUGAUGACGAUGCCAUUGAGAAUCUCCUCAAGCUAGACCCUUCUAGUGAUGAGAUGUGCACUAAAGAUGGCAACGGUUAUCUCGGUGGCAUCGAGAGCUUUCCUCAUGGUGCCGAGGACGUAGUACCUCCCUCCCCCAAGGUUGAGGAUUUAAAAGUAUUCAAGCCUGCCACUCCCAAGGUGGAUCUUGGCCGCGGGAGAAGGCACAGGAACGUCGUGAAGUAUUUCGAGGAGACGGACAAUGAAGACAGCGAUGACAUCUACGCUCCAGAGGCUUCCUCCGAGUCCAGUAGCUCUUCCUCUGAUGAUGAAACAGAUGAAGAAAUUCCUGAAGUAGCACGAGCUAGAACUGAAAUAGACAUGAAAGCUGAAACAGUGAGCGUUGUGAAGCCAGAAGUAGCUCCCAUUCCUGGCAACCCCUUUGACUUCCUCAGAGUCAGAGUCCGGCAGCUCUUCCUCGGAUGAUGAAAUGGAAGAGGUUAAGCCUAUUGUAGCAGGCGUGAAGCCUCAAGCGUCCGGCAGCUCUUCCUCAGAGUCAGACUCCGGCAGCGCUCUUCCUAGGAUGAUGAAACCGAAGAGGUUAAGUCUGUUGUAGCACCUGACAGUUGAUGCAGAAACUCAGGCUAGUCGUCCAUUCCAGAGCCUUAAGGGACCCUUUUGUAUAGGAUUAUCUAUAUAACUGCUUAAGUAGAAUUAUGUGGCUGAUUUACAUGCCGACUUCUUUUGGGGCAUCUGUCCAUGUAUGGUGAAAACUGACGAGUGAUGGCACCUUUAUUACCUUAUUUAUGGUUGCUGAUUGUUAGGAA